CGGAUACCGCGGUUCCAGGGGUGUGGCGACGGUGUUUGAAUUUACACCACUCUUGAGUCUUCGCUCUCACUCUCCUUGAAGACUGAAGUUGGUGUUGAUAUUCCCGAUCGAUCGAUUCCGUCAUCCAUCAGCUCAACCUCUGCUGACUGGGCUCGAGUGGCCCAUUGCCGAACCUGAACGACGAAAUCAAUAAAUAAAAAAUCGACCAAAGUUCAGCAGAUUAAAAUGCUGUUGACCAUCCCAGCCGAACUGGGUCGACUACUCAUCAUCCCCACCCUCCUACUCAUCUCAACAUUCUCUUCAUCCAUCUCAUCCGAUUCGAUCAUCGAAAACUCAGAUCCAACCUUCCAAGCCCUCCAGCAAGCUACCAACCAAUCACUACUAUGGGGCACCUACCGACCAAACCUUUACUUCGGUCUCAGGCCCCGUCAACCUCAUUCGUUAAUGACCGGAAUGCUCUGGUUCGGGACUCAGGACUUCCAAAGCUUUGCUCGUACCCGGCAUUCGUGUGAGCAAUCUGAUGAACUUAACGGCUAUGGCUUUGAUAAACACGACGGAAGAAACUUUGCGUCCCACUACCUGAAGGAUCAGCUGAAUAACGUCGAACUGAGAGUGCAAAUGCUCAAAGUACCCGGUGGCCAAUACGGUGGAUCCUGGGCCCUUAGGAUUAAUGGAAAGAAAUUGGAUGAAGCUCGGGAUUCGAAAAUCAGCCUGGUCAACUACUUCGGACUAGACGGAUUGGGCUCAUUCCAAAUAGAGAAUGAAGAGGAUGAAGAGGGAAUUGACGGUGAAGUCAAGAUCUCUGGGUCUACCACUCAGUUGGGAGACUUCACAAUUCGCAUUAAAGAUAGUCCUACAAACAAACCAGCCGUCGCUUAUCGUCAUACGGAAGACUUUGGCGAAAAAUUGUCAAGGACACAGUACUUAGGCGUUCAACUUCCUGCUGGGUCCAUUUGGAAAGCCAAAGAUUCGAUCGUCUCCGCCAUCAAUGAAUUUGUUCACCCUAUGAUCGAGAAAUACACCGUACAAGACAUGCCAGACCCAUGUCUUGUACUGACUUUACCCAACGAAAUCAGCUACGGAAGCAACCUAUACGCACUCCAAAGGUCGUAUGAGGCGCCAUUUGAGUUGGAUAUCUAUUUUGACGGCGACAGUGCACCUCGAAUCGAUUCGGCAGCUUUAUCGGCUGGGUUGCUGGCCGCCUCCACUGCAUUUGAUCAACAGUUCAAGCUCACGUUUCCCAAGAUUGUCUCUGAUUACUCGGCCGAGGAACAAUCUAUGGCCAUGGAAAUGGUUUCGAGUAUGAUUGGUGGAAUUGGGUACUUCUACGGGUCAUCAAUCGUUGACCGUAACUUUGCUCACGACUACGACGAUGAUGGGCUUUUAUUGACUGGGAAUUCCGAAGAUGAUGAUGGAGGGAAUGAUCGCAAGCGCCAGCCUCAGCUAACAGAGGAUCGUGAGCUAUUUACGGCCACUCCUAGUCGCUCGUUUUUUCCCAGGGGGUUCUAUUGGGACGAAGGCUUCCACUUGGCCUUGAUUGGGGCCUGGGAUAAUGACUUGAGCUUGGAGAUUCUCCAAAGUUGGAUUAAGUUGAUUGAUCGGGAUGGUUGGGUCGGUCGAGAACAGAUUUUGGGAGAAGAGGCUCGAAGCAAAGUUCCGUCGGAAUUUCAAGUUCAGUAUUCCAACCAUGCCAAUCCACCCACGUUGACGAUGGCAGUAACCUCAUACCUCAAGCGGCUCAAACGUUUCCAAGGGGCUGAUGGGUUCAAAGACACACUGUCAGAUGCCGACUUGGGAUUGGGUAGCGGCCAGCAUAUCUUCAAGACAACAGGCCGAGAGGGCGGAAGGAUUUCUGACAAACUUCUCGAGGAUGUUGGACUGGCGAGAUCCUUCCUAGUCUCGAUAUACCCCAAAUUGAAGCUUCACUACGAAUGGUUCCGGGAGACUCAAGUCGGUCAGAUCCGAGAGUGGGGUCGAGAAUCAAGCAGCAAGACCGAAGGCUAUCGAUGGAGAGGGCGGACCGCUGAACAUGUAUUAACUUCAGGGAUUGACGAUUAUCCUAGAGGGUUGCCCCAUGUAGGAGAGUUGCAUCUCGAUCUAUUAUGCUGGGUCGGCUUUUUCACUCGAACGAUGAAGUCGAUCGCUGAAUUUAUUGGGGAGAAUGACGAUGUUUUGGAGUAUGAGAAAAACUAUGAGGCUAUUGUUAGUAAUAUUGACGAUUUGCAUUGGAACGAGGAUAAAAAAAUGCAUUGCGAUGUCAGUGUAGACGCAAAUGACGAAUCAUACUUUGUUUGCCACAAAGGCUACAUCUCGAUCUUCCCAUUCCUGUUAGGACUUGUCCCACACGAUUCCCCCAAACUGAAGUACAUCUUGGACGAUAUCCGGGAUCCAAAUGGGAUCUGGUCCGACUUCGGGAUCAGAAGCUUGGCCAAAUCGGAUGAGUUCUUCGGCAAGAAUGAGAAUUAUUGGAGAGGUCCGAUUUGGAUUCCAAUGAAUUAUAUGGCUCUAAAUUCUUUGUAUACUAUUUAUGCCAAGGAAAGUGGGCCAUAUCAGACUCAAGCAGCUGAGUUAUACGAGCAACUGAAGACGAAUGUGAUUAAGAACGUGUUCAAAGAAUGGAAACGGACUGGUUUUACCUGGGAACAAUACGAUCCCAUCAAUGGUGAGGGAAAACGAUCUAAACCUUUUACGGGGUGGACUAGCUUAGUGGCUAUGAUCAUGGCCGAGGAAUAUGACAUGUGAACAGAAGAAAAAUAGAGAAAUUGUAGAGAAAAACAAACACUACCUCUUGCUGUAAUUGAUUGAUGAUUGGUGUACAUAAUAGGAAGUUCAGUCACUCUUAAGCAGUUUACUUUGUUUUGUUUGUUUGUUUUGCUUUAUAGAAUCAUCCCAGCAAACAUAUAUGUUAUGUCUAUACAUGACUAAAUAGUUUUCACACAAGACAUCUCUGGAUCAUUUGGAUCAAGGUCUGAGAUACAUAGCUGGAUGGAAUUGAUUGUAAUCAGGAGUAUGCUUACCAUUGUUGUUUUAUAAAAAAAACACUUAUAAAACUCUUAAGGA